UGUCCCAAACUCAAGUUCGGAAAAUUCAAGACAUGGGUCUGAGGAUAGAGUGGUGGUUGGCAUUCGGUUUGGGUCUUUUCCUGAUCGUUGGAUCAGAGGCCCAGCUCGAAGUGGGCUUUUACGACGAUAAAUGCUUGUUGGCCGAGGCCAUUGUCAGGGGGGAGGUCACCAAGGCCUACUUAAGGGACCCGGGUGUAGCUGCAGGGCUCAUAAGGAUGCAUUUCCAUGAUUGCUUUGUUCGGGGUUGUGAUGGGUCAGUUUUGAUUGAUUCGGUCCCGCCAAACAAGGCAGAGAAGGAUUCAAAAAUCAACAAUCCCAGCCUUCGAGGGUUCGAAGUCAUCGACAAUGCCAAGUUCAGAUUAGAAGACAUUUGUAGUGGUGUAGUAUCAUGUGCUGAUAUAAUUGCAUUUGCAGCAAGAGAUAGCGUGGAAUUGACUGGAGGGUUAGGAUACGAUGUGCCGGCAGGACGGAGAGAUGGACCGAUAUCACUCGCUUCUGAGACAUUCUCGUCCUUACCUUCUCCAAGGAUCGGCCUCGCUCAAGUCACUCAAGCCUUUACCAACAAAGGUCUGACACAGGAAGAUAUGGUUACACUCUCCGGAGCACAUUCCAUCGGUCGAUCUCAUUGCAGUUCCUUUAGCAAUAGAUUGUACGGUUUCAAUUCCACGUUGGGCCUGGACCAGGACCCAAGCUUAGAUCCAAAUUACGCGGCCCACCUGAAGCGACGGUGUCCACGAAGCAGCAGAAAUCGCAAUGUAGUGGUCCCGAUGAAUCCUAGCAGUCCAAAUUUCCUGGAUAAUAGCUAUUAUCAAGACAUCCUAGCCAAUCGCGGUUUGUUCACAUCCGAUCAAACGCUUUCGGACCCAGAGACUUUGGACCAGGUGAUCCAGAACGCCGAAGAUGGGUUCACUUGGAAUAUCAAUUUCGCUGCGGCAAUGGUCAAGAUGGGCCAGAUCGACGUUCUCACUGGUGAUGAUGGAGAGAUACGCUUCAAUUGUAGGAGGCCCAAUUGAUGAAAUCCUCAUUCCUUUGAUUUUUCAUGUAUUUAUGGAUUGAAGUUAGAGAAAUCAUCUUGUGGGAUAGGUUCCAUGCAACUAGUUUCACUGUAAUAUAUAGUUGGGAUAUCAACAUCAACUAUCUGGGUCGUCCAUUGGGUAUAGUAAAGUCAGUGGCAUAUCAAAAUGGACGGCCAAAAUCAAUCGUAUUUAGGACCAUCAGAUUGCUGUGAUUUUUGCACAGUAGUCGACUGAACCCAUUGAACGGUCCAGAUAUGGAUUCCAACUAGUUUAAAUGCAACUAAGUGCAUGAAAAUAUUUGCAUGCACUGAACCCACUUGAUUAUUUCUCUUUAAGUUACGAAUUAAUGGAUAAUCAUAUUCAGUCGAUUAAUAUUUACACCCACUUUUUUGAUGGAUACAUCCUUUCUCUAUACUUAUGGUAAUAAGAUGGUACAAAGACGAGAAAAAUGGUGUAUCUGUCAAAAAAAGAGGGGUGUAGACCGUGUAUAAUAAAAUGAUUGCUUGUGAAAAGUGUUGAUUAUUUCUUGCGUGCAACUAAAGGUGGGCCCCACAUGAUAGACGAUCCUGUCAAUGUUUGGACCUCUUUAAUAUAAUAAUAAUUAUUAUUGUUCGUCCA